AGAUCACUGGCCAAACUCGUUUUACACUGGCUGGCAGACGGUUUGUCCCCGUCUACUUUCCCCCGACGCUGUUCCUGUCCCCUAUCUCCUCGUCCCAGGUCGACUCGCUCGGCCACCAUCACCGACCCCUACGAUGAGUAGCGAAGACGAACCAGUCCAGAGAACCGCCAUAGCGGGGCAUCAGCAGCUUCCCUUGGCGCCGCCUCCGCCUGUACCCGCCUCCAACCCGCCGUCAGCCAUGUCCGCCAAAUCCGCACCGCCUAGCAAAGAGCCUUCUGGAGGGUCGGACGGUGCCGGCACGCCCUCAACCGAGAACCGCACCGCUAUCCUUGGUUCGCAGAAGCUGACGGAGGAGCCUAAAUCAGUGGAGACUCCGUCGUCGACGUUUGCCACACCGGCCGCACCUGCAUCCAACGGCUCGCACCACCCUCCUCGACCCUCGCGCUGGACCAAGGCGCGGUCGACCUCGACAGAGUCGUUCGUGUCGAGCAUGGGCAUACCAGCCACCCUAGGCUCGCAGUAUAACCAAGAAGGCUUCCCUAAUUACCCGGUCUCGUCGGAGGACGAGGACGGCGACGUGCGCAUCGCCGCGGACGAUGAGGCGAUUGCUAAGCAACUUGCGCAGACAGACGAGGCCGUGCGCCAAAUCAAUGGCACAGCCAGCGUUGUCCAGCGCAACUUUGGUAAUAUGAUGCCUUCUGCCCCUUCCUCGAAUCAGUACGAACUACCUCGAGCUGCAGCAGCGUACGUCCAACGCCGUCCUGGCGGCGAUAUGCGUGACCGUGGAGAGCUCAGAACGGGCGGAUCAUUUGUCUCCUCCGGCUCGUCGACCUCGUCUGAGGAGUCCGACUUCCUUCCUGGCGUGCAAUGGGUCGAUUCUGUUUCGCAGCGACCUACCGCCACCACCUUCAACUACCCGUUCUACUACACCGGGAAGCCGAGCAGCUCGUCCAAUACGACCAUGCCCCCGCCGUCGAUUAUUAGCACUCGGAAGCCUCCGUCGCCUGGGGGAGGUAAUUCCAGCAGCGUCACGACGAGUGGACCCCUGACGCCGAACCCCGGGCAGCGCGAGGCGUCCGCGGAUGGUACGGGUGACAAUGAUGAAGAUGACCACACUGCUCAUCAAGUUAGGACAGCCGAGCCUCCGACGAAGCGGCCUCGAUACAAGAAGGAUCAGGAGACUCCUGACUCGAGUCUCCGGAUCCCGCCGAGUGACCCUAGCGAGGAUUCUGACCUUGAGUCCCCCCACAGCGCAUCUGAGAGCGAGUAUAACGCAGGCAAAAAACGAAUCCGCAGAUACUCCAAGGACAAGGGCUCUCGUGUGCGCCCAACGCUACCCAUGCUAGCUGCGCCGGUAUCCCCGUCCUCAAGCAAGGAUUCACCUGCACCCGCGACAAAAAAGCCGCCCAAAGUUAGAAGGCCCAGCACGACGUCUGACGGCAAGCCGCCAAUUCCCGCUGGCGGCGUGCAGUGCGAGUAUGUCAACCCGCUUCCGCCCUACCAGAGGUGUCCAGACGUCUUUACCCGCAAAUACGACAUUCCACGACACAUGGCACGCCACGCGCGCAGAGAAGGCGAUCUCGUACAGGAGGGCAAGUUGCCAGAGGAGAAGGCUAUGCUCUGGAAGACGAUCCGGGAUAAGCCACGAAUUCGCUGCAAGGUGUGCUUAGAGUACUUUACAAGGCAGGAUGCAUUGAAACGCCACCAGAAUAAGCAGCACCACCACUAGUCACGACGCACGAACGAUCAGGGGGAGGCGAUGUAGAGCAUAGGUAUCUUGUCAUGUAUAGCUUGCGUUGUCGCGAAA